GCGGUGAUGAAAAAAGGCGAAGUUGCCUGCAAUUGUCCGAGCCUAACGUCAUGGAAAGAGUAACUCUGUCGCGGCGCGCACGGGAAUAAGUCCCAUGAAACAAACCGGUGGGUCGACCGCCUGCGGGAUCCGAUCGCUCGGCCGCUGAUUCUCCCGUUUUGGUUCAGGGUUGAACGAUCGACCGGAGAUGCGCGUGGACCUGUUUACACGGAAAACCCUGCGAGUUUGAGUCGGAGGGAGAAUGCGGAGCAGGCUGAGGACGCGCGGGGAUACCAUUGCUCAUCCCUCUGUUCUUCCUCGCGCCAGGCCACUUCGUCUCGGAGAUCCUCUCGCCGGGGAUCUUUUCUAGGAUCCGUAAUGAGAAGCAAGUGUCCGAUCGGCGAUCGGGGCUGCGGCUCCACUUUCUGAGGAUUAGAACCGCCGGCGGCGCUGCUUUGUGGAAGGGGAGAGCUCUCUUGUGAAAGCAGCGUUGUUUUUGGAACCUGUGGAGUUUGGGAUGCGAUAGUGAGGUCGAAACUACUCUCUGUUAUGAAUGUGCCACCGAGCGCUCGUAGAUCAAAGUUACUGUUAGACAUUCCGACACAAUAGAUAAUAGGACAAUAGAGCCACAGCCUCCAUGGGCUGAGGACACUGGUGGUCACAUGCAUAUUUUAGACGGUUUUCUGGCGGAUACAUAACUGUUGACUCCUCCUGUGUUUCUCAAGCAGCAGAUCAUUACAUUUACAUACGGGUCCUCUCGUGCUGUUGCACACCUGAUCCGACAGCUGCCAUGUAAUCCGAGACGAGUUUUAAUGUUACAGUGAGCGUGUGUCGGACGUUUCCAAUACAGCAUGCCUCGAGAGAGUAGCGUCAAUAUGCAUCCAGGCACUAUGUGCGUGUAGAACUUUCUGGUGUUAGGACCAAGUAUCGAGCAUCACGAUGUCGGUGAAGGCAAAAGCCAUCUACACCUUUCAAAGCGAAAACAAAGAGGAGAUCAGCAUCCAGGAGAACGAGGAGCUGGUCAUCUUCAACGAGAAGUCGGUGGACGGCUGGUACCAGGGGGAGAACAGCCGAGGGGAGAGGGGUCUCUUCCCAGCGUCUUAUGUGGAAAUUAUUCGCACUCGCUCAAACUCCAAUGUGACGGACUGCUCCAUCAGCCCGGCAGGCUCUUUGGGAAACGACUCCUCCUAUUUCCCCUCAAUUCCCAUCACCCCUCCUCAUUUGCAGCAACCGUACGAUGACGACGAGGAUGACGACUGGGACGACUGGGACGACAGGUCCACAGUGGUGGAGGAUGCUGAUUACUCCAGGAGCCCGGGGGCCAAUGGACAUGCCCAUCAGAGCCCACAGUCCAACAACCCCAAUGUGCACUACCGGGCCAAACCACACAUGGAGAGACAGGACAGCAUCUCCAGCUCCAGGAAAGGCAGCAUGGUGGGCAGGAACUUGAAUCGAUUUUCUAGCUUUGUCCGCUCAGGGGUGGAAGCAUUUGUUUUGGGUGAUGUACCCAUGAUGGCAAAGAUCGCUGAAUCAUACACCAUCGAUAUGGGUCCUUUGGGGCCCAUGUGGAAGGCGAACCCACAGCCUUUCUCUGUCUCCGUUGAAGACCCCACAAAACAGACAAAGUUCAAGGGCAUCAAGACCUACAUUUCCUACCGGGUCACGCCGAGCCACACAGGGCAUCCCGUCUACAGGCGUUACAAACACUUUGACUGGCUGUACAACCGCUUACUGCACAAGUUCACUGUGAUCUCUGUGCCUCACCUGCCCGAGAAGCAAGCCACGGGGCGAUUUGAGGAAGACUUCAUCGAGAAGCGGAAGAGACGAUUGAUACUGUGGAUGAACCACAUGACCAGUCACCCAGUCCUCUCCCAGUAUGAAGGCUUUGAGCACUUUCUAAUGUGUGCUGACGACAAGCAGUGGAAACUGGGAAAGAGGCGAGCAGAGAAGGACGAGAUGGUGGGCGCCCAUUUCAUGCUGACCCUCCAGAUCCCUAACGAACACCAGGACCUUCAGGAUGUCGAGGAGCGGGUCGACACCUUCAAGUCCUUUGCGAAAAAAAUGGACGACAGUGUGAUGCAGCUCACACAUGUUGCCUCGGAGCUGGUGCGUAAACACCUGGGUGGGUUCAGGAAGGAGUUCCAGCGGCUGGGAAAUUCCUUCCAGUCCAUCAGCCAGGCAUUCAUGCUGGAUCCUCCCCACAGCUCAGACUCCCUCAACAACGCCAUCUCCCAUACAGGCCGCACAUAUGAGAACAUUGGCGAGUUGUUUGCAGAGCAACCUAAGUAUGACCUCUUCCAAAUGCUGGACAAGCUGUCGCUCUACCAAGGCCUGCUUGCCAACUACCCUGACAUUAUUCAUCUACAGAAAGGUGCCUUUGCCAAGGUGAAAGAGAGCCAGCGGAUGACAGACGAGGGGAAGAUGGACCAGGACGAGGCCGAUGGCAUUAGGAAACGCUGCCGGACGGUUGGGUUUGCCCUCCAGGCAGAGAUGAGCCACUUCCAUCAUCAGCGAGAGGUGGACUUUAAAGACAUGAUGCAGGCCUACCUCACGGAGCAGAUAGCCUUUUACCAACGCGUGGUUCAGCAACUGGAGCGGACCCUGCGCAUGUACGACUGUCUGUGAAGACACCACACCACUGCCAAAAAAGCACAGAAGAUGACAAAAGGAAGAUCCAAGUCUUCAAGUCUUUUAUCAAAACGUUUUGUGUUGUGCGUCGUAUUUGGCUCGGUUUGAAAAGACAAAAUGAAGCAGUAGUUACUGGAAGAUAUACACAUCCUGUCAGUCUUUCACCUUGAUGGAUUCAAAGUCAUAUUUUUAUUUUAAAAGAUCUACUGUACUUUUUUUUUUUCCUGAAACACACACCACAUAGGCUGUGUCACAGUGUAUCAUUUAUUUUACAUAAUUUAAGGUGUUCGUAACAUUAAAAUAAGAAUAUAGGUUUCAAAUUCAUAGUGGAUCUGUAGUUGAUUGUCCAUAGUGUAACACAUGAAAGCCAUGAAAUGGGUUUUAUUUCGAAAUUGACCCCCCUUCUCUCCAACAUCAUGCACUUUGGCUUCUCCAGGGACUAAUUCAAGUUGCUUCCAGUAUGUUAAAAAAAAAAAUCUCAAUAUAAAAACAUUCCAAAUGUUGUUUUUUUCUUUUUUAAAUUCCACAAUUUAGGAUUUUAUCAAAGUCUCAUUUGUCAAAGAGGGAGAAAAAAAUAAUAGUACUACAUUCCAAACAACUCUACAAUAUAGAGUAGGGGGAUUUCACCAUUGCCACUUCUGGUUCAUGUUAAGGGCACAACUUGCUCAGGUGUUCACUGCUUUGUUUCACUUUCUUUACUCAUGUUAUCUCUUAAUACAAGUCACAGAAGCCUGUCCGAACCUUGCAACAUGUUAAUGAUACCAUGUAACUCAGCUUCAUUUUCUUACUUUUUAUCAUAAGGAAAGUGCCUUAAAGGAUCUGAAGCAUUUGGAUGAAUUAUUUGUAAAUGGACCGUUUGUCUGUCGCAUGGUUUUUGUCUGUCGCAUGGUUUUUUCGAGGGGGGUGUAUUGUUGAAACAAGUUUGCACAUGUGUCUAUGUACUGGUGGGUCAUAGUGUGUGUGGGUGGGUUUAUGUGAAGGUGAGCGAAUGAAAUGAUUCAAUAACUGUGGUGAUCAAUUCCUGUUUGCCAUGGUGAAAAACAAACAAUUCUACUUUGGUAUGUAGCAGCAGAUUUAUCUGGCCAUUUAAUAUUAAAUACUAUUAGAUACUAGAGAUUGGGUGAGGCAGAAUAUCAAUUUGGCAUUGACAUUGAUGUUUGUAUAAUUUCUUUGACACAAAAAAAAAAUAUUUUUGGCCUUGUGGUAAAAACAGUAUAAUUUGCUAAAAGUCGAUAAUUUAAAAUUCCACAUUUAAUUUACAAAUGAAACCAAAUUACAUGACUCAGAAUAAAGCCAUAAUGUCAAAGAAUACAACGGACAUUUUUUAAAUUUUGAUUUGUUUUUUGCAAAAAGUUUGCGAGGUGAGCCAGUUCAAAAACGUACAAAAAUCUGGCUAAAAUCAUCCUAUGUGAACUAGACAUAAAGCUCACAAAUUAAUGUGUUAUCUCUAAUCUGUUUAAUCUGUGCAAAAAACAAAGUAAAAUAUUUUCAAAUUGUGGUUUUACAGUGGGUCAUGUCUCUGCACUCAUUGAAAAAAUAGUCCAGCACAUAACCCCUUGUAAAACUGUAACUUUUCAAUUCUUUCCUUUGGAGGCAGACCUACUUAUUAUGCUCAGCUUGUCAAAACCAGCUGCUGGUUGGACCCUCAACUUAUUCUGCAGACGUGGGAGUAGUAUCAGUUUUCUCCUUUACCUCUGUAAAAAAGGAAAAUAUACAUAUUUCCACAAUGCUGCAUUAAUAAUGAUGAUCCAAGUCCCACUCCUCCCUGAGUCAGUGUUCAGUACUGAUAUUUCAUGGAAAACUUGUGGUGUAGACAAGGCUAUCUUUAGCGUCGUGCCAACCUUAGAGGUGGAUGUGGAGUCGCAAGUGUCAGUUUGCGAGACGCUGAUUCUUCAUUUUGAUGGAAGGGGGUUGAUCUCUCAGUGAGGCAUUGGGAUGAAAAUUAAUGAAAUGGUGUUUUUGAGUUUUAGAAUUUGAAAUCAAAACUUUUACUGUGGUUCUUCCAUAUCAAAGACAUGCUGAUUCAGAAUGCAGGUUUCCUCUGUAAACAAGUGGCCUGUGUGUUUGUGUGACUCAGAAGUGUCAUCUCAGUUACAUGGUCCACAUCUGCAGCCUUCAACACUGCUGUCUGAACGUGGUAUUGUAUGUUUGCUUGCUUGCUUUUGAACAAGUCUCUUUUAUUUUCGUACAUCAGCAUUUUCACUCAUUGCAGUUUCUCCAAGACCAAAGACGUCAGACAUGUUUGGUGAAGUGUAAUUUAGUGUGUUGUUGGGUUUUGUGAUAAAAUCUGGAAAUUGUGAAGAGAGCAUUUGAAAAGAAUAAAGAAACAUUCCCCAA